AUGAGGAUUGUGAGUACUCGCGAGAAAGAUGGAAGGACUUAUGAUACUCCAACUACGUCUGAGGUGGCAGCAUUAAUUCCUGGAGACUUUAAUUUGGAGAUGGACAGGCGUGAUAUUGAUUUACAGGAAAAACAAACCGGCAGUUUAAAAAGAAUUAGUGAGAUACAUCCUUCUUAUCUUGCACUUCAAUAUCCCCUUAUUUUCUCAUAUGGUGAAGAUGGAUUCAGACUCGGUAUUAAAAAAAGGGAUUCUCCUGCUGCUGACAGAUUGAAGAGAAAGGAUAUAAGUAUGAGGCAAUGGUUUGCUUUCCGUCUUUUUGAAAGAGAUGGCGAGUGCCAGACUCAGCAGUUUCUGGUUGAUGCAUUCACAACUAUCGAAACUAACCGUAUCUGUUUAUUGAAGCAGAAUCAGAAAAGUUUGAGGUCAGACAGUUACGACUCGAUCAAACAGUCUGAGAACGAUGGGAAAAUUGAUAUGAAUGAUAAGGGUUCAAGAUUUAUUUUGCCAGCAUCUUUCACUGGUUCACCGAGAUACAUGAAGAAUAACUAUCUAGACGCAAUGGCUAUUUGUAAACAUUAUGGUUUCCCUUCGUUGUUUAUCACGUUUACAUGCAAUCCAAAAUGGCCGGAGAUUACAAGAUAUCUAUCCCAGCGGAAUUUGAAUGCAGAAGAUAGGCCUGAAAUCGUCUCAAGAGUUUUCAAGAUGAAGUUGGAAUCACUUAUGACAGUUUUAACAGAUGGCGAGCUCUUAGGCAAAACUCUGGCAUCGAUGUAUACAGUUGAGUUUCAGAAACGUGGGUUGCCGCACGCUCACAUAUUGUUAUUCAUGCAUCCUAGUUCUAAGAUUCUCACAACCGACCACAUUGACCAGAUCAUUUCAGCUGAGAUUCCAGAAAGAGAUGAAGACCCUGAACUCUAUGAAGUGGUUAAAGACAUGAUGAUUCAUGGUCCUUGUGGUGUUGUCAACUCUAAAUCACCGUGUAUGGAGAACAGAAGAUGUUCCAAACAAUUUCCGAAGGCUUUUUCGUCCAACACUACUGUUAAUAAAGCGGGCUUUCCAAUCUACCGGAGACGUGAUGAUGGUCAUUUUGUUGAGAAAAAAAGAGCUCAUAUUAAUGUUGAGUGGUGCAAUCAGUCGAGAUCUAUCAAAUACUUAUUCAAGUAUAUCAACAAGGGACAGGAUCGGAUUACUGUUACUGUUGCACCGCCGAAAGAAGUAGGAUCAUAUGAUCACAGUGAGUUGAACCAAAAUGGAGAUCAAGAACAAAAAAAUGAAAUUAAAGAUUUUUUCGAUGGCAGAUAUGUAUCUGCUUGUGAAUCUGCAUGGAGAACUCUAAAGUUUCCUAUUCACUACAGAUCGGUGCCUGUUGAGAAAAUACAGUUUCAUUUGCCAGGAAAGCAGAAUAUAAUGUUUAAGGACGACGACACAUUUGAGGAAGUUAGUGAGGUUGCUAGAAAGCUGACUCUAGCUGAAAUUCCUACAAGGUUUAUUUGGAACAAAAAGGAAAGAAAAUUACAAGAAAGAAAAAGGGGUUUCUGCCUUGGGAGGAUUAACUAUGCACCCAAGAAGUUUGAGGAAGCAUAUUAUCUGCGUGAAUUGCUGAAUAUUGUCCGUGGACCAACCAGUUUUGAAGAUAUAAGGACUUUCAAUAAUGUGCUAUAUCCUUCGUUCAAGGAAUGCUGUUUUGCUCGGGGUUUAUUAGAAGAUGACCAAGAAUGCAUUGAUGAUAUAGUCAGGUCAAGCUUCACGAGUUCUGCAGCCUGUCUACGACAUUUAUUUGCUGUUAUGCUCAUGUCGAUGACCUUAUCAAUGCCAGAAAAAGUUUGGGAAAAUACAUGGGAGUUUCUUUCAGAAGACAUUGAGUAUAGGCUGAGAAAACGGUUGAACAGACAAGGCGGACUUUUCUUUGUUUAUGGAUUUGGUGGUACUGGGAAGACGUUUUUGUGGAGAUUAUUAUCUGCUCCUAUUAGAUCCAGAGGUGAGAUUGCGUUGAAUGUUGCAUCAAGUGGUAUUGCUUCCCUUCUGUUACAAGGAGGAAGGACUGCACAUUCUAGAUUCGGUAUACCAAUCAAUCCAGAUGAGUACUCUUUUUGUAAUUUGCCACCAGGGACAUAUGCUGCUAAUUUGGUUAAAGAAGCCUCUAUGAUUAUUUGGGAUGAAGCACCGAUGAUGAGCAACCUGUUUUGA